AUGUCUGCUCUUUCCUUGCUGAAACAAGCGCAUGAUCUUAUGAGUGGCAAAGGGGUGCCGGAUCUUGUUCGCCGGAUUGGACCGGGUAUAAAACGGAUAAAAGCAUGGCAAAUCCCACCGAAGCAUUUUUCCGUAUGGCUUGGAAUCCUGAGUGCGGAUUGGGAAAGAGUUAAAAAUCCCAAAUCUGAUUACGGUUGUUUGAUUGUAAAUAUCGGAGGUGAUUGUUCUUGGAAAAUCACAGACGGGCAGAUUAUGCUUUUACCGUACGAAUACAAGGUCGUAGACGAUGUUGGAUUGGGACGACGUUCGAAAAAAAUCAAUGCACGCAUUGUGACGUGUGGUAACGACGCUCCUAUUAUCGAAGUUUCUCAAUCUUGGGCCGCUAGCAAAUACGAGAGAUUGUGGGUUGAUGAUUAUGGACCAGGGGAAUAUGGGCUUUCGAUAACACGUUCCGGUAUUAAGUACACGUACGUUGAUCCGAGAGAAUUGAUGGAGGAUCUUAGUUCAGUUAUUGCAAAAAUGGAGUCCAUAUACCGACUCCCGGAAACGGAGGAAGAGGAGGAGGAGGAGAAGUGA